AUGGUCCUCCUCCGGCACGUCUCCAUCGCUCUGACCGCUGCAGUGGCGGCGCUUGGAUCCGCUCUGUUCAUCGCUUUGAAUUAUCUCUACAAAAGACGCGUAUGGACCCUCGAAGCGGACUAUUACACGAUCAAGGAGGAGAAGGAGGAGCGCACCGACAGGCAGGUUCUGGUGCUUGGUUUGGAUGGAGCAGGGAAGAGCAGCUUCCUGCAGGGCCUGAGUGGAUCAGGACAAAGCAGAGCCUGUCGACCAACCAGGGGCUUCAACUUCAUGAGUCUCAGUACCCCACUGUGUCAGCUAGACUUUCUGGAGAUUGGAGGAGGUGAGGACCUGCGUAAGUACUGGGGAGAUUAUCUGAGGAGAACACACGUCCUGGUUUAUGUUGUGGACUCCUCUGACAGGAGUCGUCUCUCCCUGGCCAAGGAGGAGCUGCAUCGCCUGCUCAGCAAUGAUGCCCAGCUCCCCGUGGUGGUACUGGGUAACAAACAGGACAAGCCAAAUGCUGCCAGCGUCACCGAACUGCAUGAGGCUCUUUCCCUGAGCACUGUGUCUGCCCAGAGGAAACUGUUCUUGUUGGCGGCUCAGCCGGGAUCGGACGGAUUCUAUGGGUCAGGCUGUCUGCAGAAUUUCCAGGAUCUGCUGCUUCAGCUGGUCUGA